AUGGCCCCUGUAAACCGUGACGCCGGGAUACUGGGUCCCGUAAACCGUGACGCCGACAAACUGGUCCACGUAAACCGUGGCGCCGGGAUACUGGGACCCAUUAACCGUGACGCAGGGAUUCUGGGUCCCGUUAACCGUGACGCAGGGAUACUGGGCCCUUUAAACCGUGACGCAGGGAUACGGAGCCCUGUAAACCGUAACGCAGGGAUACUGGGCCCUGUAAACCGUGACGCCAGGAUACUGGGUCCUGAAAACCGUGACGCCAGGAUACUGGGUCCUGUAAACCGUGACGCAGUGAUACUGGGCCCUGUAAACCAUGACGCAGGGAAAGUGGCCCCUGUAAACCAUGACGCCAGUAUACUGGGCCCUGUAAACCAUGACGCAGGGGUACUGACCCCUGUUAACUGUGACUUGUUAACUUGUAAACAGUGUUGA